ACUCGUGCAAAACAGCCCACACCUUCCGUCGUGUCGUGUGGCCUCUCGGCCUCCCCUCUCGCGACGCCGCACGCAAGCGCCCCACUCAACCGCCGCGCUGCGCCGCCGCCUCCCCCGUUCCUUCUCGCGGCUCGCUCACCGCCACCGCAUCCACUCCUCCAUCGACGCAGAGGCGUACUCCGCGCGGACAGGUUAUCGCCUUCCUUCGCCUUUCUCUCUGCCGUGGUGGGGGAAGGCACUCGUGCACGCGCUCGGCCCAGAAGUUGAGCACCGAGGCGGGGCCAGGCACGCAGGGCGAGCGCGGCGGCUCUCCGGGGUGUCUAAGGUGCCCGUACCGACUACCGAGUUGCCAAACCGGGACGUAUCUGUGAGGUUUGGGUCGGGUGGUGGGCAAGUAGAGAACGAUGGUUGCGCCGAGGAAAGGGACGGCGACGCCGCUGGGCGCCGUAUUCUCGCCCGAGGAGACGAAGAGGGCUGUGGCGAGGGUGGCCGAAGCCAUCGCUGAUCGCCAAGCCGAGCUCGAGCGCCUCCAGGGUUUCGUCGCCGACAACGCCGCGCUCGUUUCCCUCGUCAACAGGCUCCCUGAUGAACUCUCACACGAAGUCAUGGUUCCCUUUGGUGGCGCUGCAUUUUUUCCGGGGCGUUUAAUCCACACAAAUGAACUCUUGGUGCUUCUAGGUGAGGGGUACUAUGCAGAUAGGUCUGCUAAGCAGACAACUGAGAUAUUGCACAGGAGGGGGCUUGAAUUGGAAGCUCAAGUCGAAGCGAUGAAGGCAACUAUCUUUGACCUUGAGGCUGAGGCAAAAUUCUUUGAGUCCACUGCUGCUGAGGCUUCUGAGGGUCUUGUUGAAAUUAGGGAAGAAUAUGAUGAAGACAUGGAGAGUAAUUCAUCCAAAUCAGCAAGCGCAUUGAGUAUUCUACUUUGGCACAACUGUUUUUUCUACUUGUCUGCUUCAGAGGCUUCAAGCUCAGCUGGGACCAUGUCAGAUAGAGAUAGGGAACUUACUCGAAUCAUGGCAAGGUUAGAUGAACUUGAAAUGAAAGAAAAGGAAGCUGGAAGUACUUCGGAAGAAGAAGAUGCUGACGAUGACGGAGAUGAUGAAGGUGCUGAAACAAGUGAGGAUGGUGAGGGAAAUGGGGAAUCUGGAAAUGCUUUGAGUGAUGACAAUGAGCACCACAGUUCUGGUUUUGUUGCCUCGUUUUCUGGAAGUGGUGGUAAUGAUAGGAGUCAUGGGAAUAUCCAGCUGAAGAGUGCACUAAAGAAGCCAGGAGGAGAGAGACUGCCGAAAGGUGUUUCUCACACGCCAUCAGCUCACACAUCUCAUCCAAUAUUUCCUGGCCAAACUUCUAUAAUAAACUCUGAAGUUUGGAUUCCCACUAAAGCUAUUUCUUUCCAAGAUGACAAGCAUAUGGUUAGUUCGUUAAAGUCUCCUUCCUUGCCAUUGGAUCCAAAAUACUCUGCUCCAGGACUCAAGGAUUCUUCAGACCUCGCUCGAUCUCACGAUCGAAAGAUAAUAUCAAGUGGGCGAAAGGUCUUUUUCUUGCAGGCUUUUACAGGAUCUAUUAUUGAACAUGAUGACGAUCUUUCAUCCAUUCAACCUUCAGUGGGUAAUUCUUCGGAGAAACCUGGUACUUGUGCUUCUUCAAGGCCUAUGUCUAGAUUCAAGAUGCAGAAAGGAGGGUGGUGAGUCUUGACAACAGAUAGCUGUCCUCCCCCAUCUCAGGGCCAUGGCGCCUACAACGGACGGCCAUGUCUACUGAGUGUCAGUGUUGACCGCGUGAAGCAGAGCAGCUGAGUCAAGAUAAUCCCACUAGCUACUUUAAUUGUGUGCUGUUGAUGGGGGUUAAUUUAGUUGAUCUAGUAAUGAGUAUGUUAGUGUGGCUGUAAUAGUUACUUUUUUCCUUCCGCCUUUUGUGCUCCGUUAAGAGUAAUGGUCUGGUACUGCUUGUGUUUUUGUUGGCUCAUCAGUAGUACACUUGGCCAUAUGCUGCUCCACAUGUAAUAUUCUCUAUUUUGCCGUUCACUGCUGCUCAA